AUAUUUGGCCUCUUUAGUGUUGUUUGGAUCUUCGAUCAACGAACAUUAAAACUUUCGGUAAAACAAUUUUUGUGCAAUAAGCUAAAACGGCUCUUUCAUUAUGACUUUUACCGACAAAGUCGUUCUGAUCACAGGCGCGAGCUCCGGCAUUGGAGCAUGUACGUCCGGGCAUUUCGCAAAAUUAAACGCAAAACUAGCAUUGGUCGGUCGAAAUGUCGAUCGGUUGGAAGAGGUUGCUCAACAGUGCAUUGACAAGAGUGGAAAAAAGCCAUUGACAAUAAUUGCGGAUAUUAAUGUACAGACCAAAGAGAUCAUAGAAAAAACAAUUGCCCAUUACGGUCGAUUGGACGUGCUGGUGAAUGUGGCAGGAAUUGGUGCUCCCUCAUCCAUUUCACGAAUGAAUUUAGAUAAUUUCGACAAAGUAAUGAACACAAAUGUUCGUAGUGUUUAUCAUCUAACAGCCUUAGCCGUACCACAUCUAAUCGAAUCCAAAGGGAAUGUUGUUAACGUAUCCAGCGUUGCUGGCAUCCGAUCGUUUCCAUACUUCUUGGCAUAUUGUGUGUCCAAAGCUGCUUUGGAUCAAUUCACCAAAUGCAUUUCGUUGGAACUGGGCCCGAAAGGUGUCCGAGUGAAUUCCGUUAAUCCGGGCGUGAUCAUGACCAAUUUCCAUUCGAAUAUGGGAGUGAAUGCGGAUGCAUAUCAAAGUUAUCUAGAAGAAUGCAAGACGUCCCAUUCAUUGGGUAGAGUCGGUCAGGUUGAUGAAGUGGCCGAAGGUAUCGUGUUUUUGGCUAGUGAUGCGGCACGUUUCAUUACCGGUACGUUGCUGUCGAUAGAUGGUGGAAAAAGUAAUAUGUGUCCGAGAUAAUGAAGCACAAGCAGGAGUUGCAGUAGAGUUUACUAUUUUGGGGACUUCAAUGAAGAUAGAGAAUUUAUUGAAAAGGUGUAAAUUAAAGAAAAAUAAAUUUUUUUCAUGAA